UAAAAAUAUUCCAAUGAUAAGUUUUCAAGAUAGAUUCAAAGGCAAAAUGUCAUACAUCUCUAAAUACGGAAUUAAUCAAUCCCCUGAUCUUAAAUCAAAUAGCUCAAUCCUGGUAUUCUUUCUAUUUCUAUUAAGUUAUAAGAUUAAUCAAACAAUAAAAGUACCUCAAAAAUUAUUAACAUCAAUUCUAAAUCCCCUAUCAAAAAUUCUUAAUAUUAUAAAUUGCCGCCUAUUAUAAAUAAAAUUGUAGAUAAAACUUAAAAUUUUAAAUAACAUAAAUAAUCUAUAUCAGCCAAAAAAAUGUAUUAAUCUUCUUUUUAUAUUUCAGUUACUCAGCAGAUCACUCAAAAAUUAGUUUGAAAAAAUCUGAUAAUGAUCUUGAACUCAUUUAAAUGAAACACUUGCAAUACUUAAAUAAGAUUGAAUAAUUAUAUAUGCUUUAAAAAAAUUGA